UUUGUAAUUGUAUUUACAAUGCAAUUUUCAGUAAGCCAUCAAGACACAAAAGCGGUAAACUUUGACAUCUAUUCGCUGCUUAAACGACACGGUUUCGGCACAAUUGCCGACAAAUUGAAACCCGAUCUCCAGUUAAUGGGUAAACUGUUGAACGAAUUUUUCGACCGUUUCGGCGAAGCGCCCAUCGAUGACCUGAUGUUUAUCAUUGGCGAUGAUCUGAGUUCGGUAAUUACCGAUUUUGGUCGCGAUAUGGACGCAUUUCAACGUGAAUUUGCUAAAAAAUCGCCCCAAGUAGCGGCCAUUGUUAAGGUGGCCAGCGGUCUGUUUACACAAAUAGGACAGGCAUUUAAAACUACAUUUUCCGUACUAUUGGUUGGCCAGAAACGUAAAGGUAAACCGCUGUACGAUAAACGUUUGGGUCAGGUCGAGGUCAAAUUGUCCACAAAUAUCGGUAAACUCCUGACACCCGAGCAGUCGCCGAAAUGGUUGUCCGUUUUUGUCGAAUUUUUCGGUAUGUUAGGCCGGGCUAGCAAUCAGGCCAUUCAGAAAAGUUUGGAUAGGGUUAAGGUGUUGGGUAUACUACCGCCACAGUAUAUACCCAUCCAAUUGUUUGGCCAAACUCUGGACCUAUUGUUGAAUCAAAUUAUCGGUGUAUUUAAAGAUAUUUAAAUAAUUUUAAUGGGCUGUUCACAUAUUACGUUCUCACAUUUUUUAAAAAGAAAUCUAUAACCCCUCCCUCCCCUGUGUUUGCAAUUUUUUUAAAAAAUAACGUUAACAUGUCCCUAACUACCCGCUAAGCUACCCCCCCAACUACCUCCACAACCUCUAAAAAAAUUUUGGUAGACCCCCUCCCCUCA